UGUCGUAGGUAAUACCUACUUGUAUUUUACCUGCGUACCUAUUUGUGACAAAAGUGAUUAUCUUCUUAUAAUUUAUAUAUCGCGUCCUAUUAUUUCAUGAAACUCGCAAAAGGUUGGAUAAGUUUAGUAUCCAACAAUUAUGAAAAUACUUUCUCUUUUUGUGACUAAGUGACUGUUGCGACAUCAACAAUGAAAAGUUUUACAAGCGAAAUUUUAUUUACACCAACAAACAUCUCCAACAACACCGAUGAUGAAGGCUGUAUGUUGAUGAAUACGACUCAAAAUGUAAUUAUAACUGGAGCUUAUAACGGUAUUCCACAAACUUUAAUUCUCAACUUGAUUUCAUGGUCAUGUUUGAUACUAUUGUUUUCCGUAUUACGGAGAACUGCGUGGAACUAUGGACGAAUGGCACUUGUACAGCGGACAAAGAGCCGUUGGACUAAUCUAUUCUAUCGCGGAGGUGACGGUGACGCUCUCGUCAACAGACGACGGAGCAGUGAUGAGUCAGUCAGCAUGGAUGAAGGCUUCCUGACUUGGCUCCCAGCUGUUUUCAAAAUAACUCGUGAACAAGUUUUAGCAAAAUGUGGUCCAGAUGCCGUACAUUACUUAUCUUUCCAAAGGCAUGCUAUAACGUUGAUGUUUAUUGUAACUUUGACAGCAAUUGGUAUUAUUUUGCCCAUUAAUUUUAAUGGCUCAGGGUUGCAAGUAGAAGCUGGAGCAUUCAGUAAAACUACACUCACAAAUGUUACCGGAAGAUCCUCUUGGCUAUGGGUACAUACUUUAAUCAGCAUUGCCUUUUUGCCUAUAUCAGUUUUGAUCAUGCGAAGAUGUACUGGUCGUAAACCAGUUCCAACUUCUUUAACUGGAACUAUCAUGAUUACAAAUAUAUCAAAAGCUGAUAGAAAUGAGUCUUCAAUAAGAGCAUAUUUUGCACACAAUUUCCCACAUAUUCAAAUUAUUGAUCUUCGCUUAACUUACAAUAUUAAUAAAUUAAAUGAAGUUCAAGAGAAAAAGGAGAUGGUUACAGAAGCUCUUGUAUACAGUGAAACCUAUUAUAGGAAGACAGGGAAACGUAUCACAGUUAAGACUCGCUUAUGUGGGCCAGAAGUGGAUGCUAUUGAUUACUAUAGCAAUGAAGAAAAGAGACUCAAAGAUGAAGCUAAACGAUGCCGUGCGAUGGUGCUGAACGAUCCCCUUGGUAUUGCCUUUUUAACAUUACCUUCAUAUCAGUUAGCCGAACAUGUAAUAAGUCAUUUUAGCUUACAUCGUGGAUGGGUUUUACAACAUGCUACCAAUCCAUCUGAUAUAAUUUGGGAAAAUUUAAAUGUACAACCAGGAAUUUGGUAUGUCAAAGCUAUAAUUAUUAACUUCUUCCUAUUUAUAGUAUUAUUUUUCUUAACAACACCUGCUUUUGUUGUGAACCUUUUUAACACUUUAAUUGUUAGGCCAGAAUCAAUGAAUAAAAUUAGUAGUGUCAUAUUCGAAUUUCUGCCCACAUUGCUUCUUUGGACAAUGGCAGCUGUGAUGCCGGCCAUUGUGGCAUUCUCUGACAAGUUUCUCUCACAUUGGACUAAGUCUCAACAAAACUACUCUGUCAUGACAAAAACAGUUUCCUUCUUGCUACUUAUGACUUUGAUAUUACCAUCUUUGGGUCUUGCUAGUGCAGAAGCAUUUGUUAUGUGGACCUUUCACCAUGAAAAUGACACAAUGAGAUGGGAUUGCGUUUUUCUACCUGACAAAGGAGCAUUUUUUGUUAACUAUGUAAUAACUUCUGGUUUCAUCGGUACAGCUUUGGAAUUAAUUCGUUUUCCAGAGUUAUUCCUCUAUGUUUGGUACUUACUACAGUCUAAAUCAAAGGCAGAAAAGAGCUAUGUGAAGAAGGCAAUUUUAUAUGAAUUUCCAUUUGGUGUCCAUUAUGCAUGGAGUUUGGCCAUUAUCUCAAUAACUAUGGUUUACAGUCUCGCAUGUCCAUUGAUCGCGCCCUUUGGAUUGAUAUACUUGAUGUUUAAGCAUGUUGGUGAUAAGCAUAAUUUGUAUUUUGCCUAUGGUCCUUGUGACAUGAGUGGAGUAGGUGGGGGUAGAAUACAUGCUACUGCUGUUAGUCUUAUUCGUGUGUCAGUGUUACUGUUACUAAUCAACAUGGCGGCGUGGGCCGGACUUAGAUCAGGAUUCGAAGCUCGAACCAUAAUCCUAAUAAUGGCAUCUAUUGUAGCAUUUGGAACAUUCCUAUUACUAAGUCCGUUUCCUAGUUGCACCCCUCCAGCGCCGUUGCAAGAAGAGUCGAGUGUUAGGUUCCAGGAAUACGUCGCUCCCGUUUUCAAUAAACCGAUUGAGACGCCCACUAACUCUGCAGCUACGACUCCAGAUUAUGGAGCGUCAUCGCCUACCACUCUCCAGUCCUACAGCCCAGACCCUAUAAAUAUAUAAAUCAAUUGUAGCUAAAUAUCUCACACAAUAAAAUCAUUAAUUUAUUUAAGUACACCAGUAAUGUCUGAUAAUGUUAAUAAUAAAUUAUCCUAUCUUGAGAUAAAUUAAUCUCACAAUAUACACUGAUAAGUUUUGGAGUUUUCAUAUAGACUGUCGAUGGAUAAAUUUGUAAAUAACACAUUUGCUAAAUGUUUAUAUUUAUAAUAAAAUGAAUUUGAUUUAAAUUGCGUGAUCAAUAAAAUCGUUCUGGACGUUGUUGCUAAGUCUAAUUCAACUUUCGCUUUGCGAUUAGAGUAUAAAAGAGACUGGCUGGAAAUAUUUUUGCGUUUUUAUCUAUUCACGUACUUUUUUUUAAUAAUAUUUGAAUGGAUAUUAUCACAGAAAUAUAUCUGUGGAUAUUAUCGUUUUUAAGCGGACUGGGGAGCUUAUCGGAAAACACCAAAUCGGUUACGAAGCGUAAUGUAACGAGAUAAAAUUGGCUUUCACAUACUUCUACGUCAUUGUUUAAAACUAAUAAGCAUGAUUGUUACAACUGUGAUAUUUUAUAAUGUUUUAUGUAUGCCAGUUUCAAAAAGUUCUUUAUUGUUUAUAAUCCAAGGUUUAACUGAAUAAAAAUGAAUGGUACCUUAUUUGAGUAGGUCGAUAUUACAGGAUCGUGUUACCAUUUUUGACAUGGUAAUCGGCUUGACAACGAAGUCUUAUAAAUGAACUUUUGACGCCUCAUGAGGAUUUCCGGAUAUAUUAUUUUAAAUUGGUUUUCUUUUCAACGUUUGAUUGAUUGAUUGAAAAUUGAUUUGGUUUUUCUGAUACCGCCGCCUUGUAAAUUAGUAUUAGAGCUGGUCUACCUUGAUCACAAGACUAGAGUG